AGACAGACCCCUGGUGCACAUGCCCCGCAACCCCAUGUGAUCACUUGUUCAAUUUCAAAGCCAGCGGGCCUGGGUGUUGGGUGCCCGAGGUCCUGCUGCCCCGGGAUGGGGGCGAUAAUGCCCCCCACGAAAGAGGGGCCCCUCAUCUUGACGGGCUACAGCAAAAGCAUGAGACGGUUCUUAUUUUGUCGGAAAGGGGGAGCAAACCAGCACAGCAAGGGGCCCUGCACCCUCUACAUGAGGUGCAAACUGCACCCACUUCGACCUGCUACCAGUGAGCGGCCCACUUUCUUUUUUGAAGCAGACGGAAGGAGCUGAGCCACAGAACCGGACACCUGGCCCCGAGUCGCCUCGCUGAUCCCGCAGCCCCCCCCACUUCCUCCCACGUGAGCGCCUGAUUUGGAGCGGGAGGAGCGGAGGCGCUGCUGUGCUGCUCGUUCCGCUACUCCCCAUACUUUGGACCCUCUCCGCUUCCCGUCCGCCGGAGGGUGACCGAGCGGCGGAGAGCAGGUGGCGCUCCAGAAGGGGGUGGCGAGUCGCGGUCGUUGCGGCAGACGCCUCCCUUCCCCCCUUCAUAAGAUGGCGGCGGGUCCACCUCCUUCUCAGCAGUUCUGCGUGGCCGAGGAACGGAGUGGCCACUGCGCCGUGGUGGACGGGAACUUUCUCUAUGUGUGGGGGGGAUACGUGUCAAUUGAAGAAAAUGAAGUGUAUUUGCCUAAUGAUGAGCUUUGGCUCUAUGAAAUUGAUAGUGGGUUAUGGACAAUGCACCUAAUGGAAGGAGAGCUACCUACCUCUAUGUCAGGAAGUUGUGGAGCUUGCAUUAAUGGGAAGCUGUAUAUAUUUGGAGGAUUUGAUGAUAAAGGAUACAGUAAUCGGCUGUAUUAUGUUAAUUUGCGAACAAGAAAUGGAACCUAUAGGUGGAAAAAAAUUACAGACUUUAAAGGUCAACCUCCUACACCACGUGACAAGCUUUCCUGCUGGGUGUAUAAGGACAGAUUAAUAUAUUUUGGUGGUUAUGGAUGUAGGAAACACAGUGAACUGAGUGAUUGUUUUGAUGUUCAUGAUGCAUUUUGGGAAGGGCAGAUAUUUUGGGGAUGGCAUAACGAUGUUCAUGCUUUUGAUACAAACACACAAACUUGGUUUCAACCAACAAUUAGAGGUGGAGUUCCACCUCAGCCUCGAGCAGCUCAUACAUGUGCUGUGCUGGGAAAUAAGGGUUACAUCUUUGGAGGACGAGUGCUGGCAGGCACUGGUAAUGGCUUGGAGGAGGGAUGUACAUCUGUGAGAGGGAGGAUGUCAUAUCUCAUACUGACUCGUUUGAACCUCUUCCAUAAACUCAAGCAAACUAGAAUGAAUGAUUUGCAUUGUCUGAAUUUAGACACUUGGAUUUGGUCUGGAAGAAUUCAUAUUAGUGGAGAGAAACCAAAAGAUCGAUCGUGGCACACUUUGACUCCUAUAGCAGAUGAUAAACUUUUCCUGUUUGGUGGACUGAGUUCAGAUAAUGUUCCUCUAAGUGACGGUUGGAUUCAUAAUGUCACAACAAAUGGAUGGAAACAACUUACCCACUUACCUAAGAGUAGGCCUAGGUUGUGGCACACAGCCUGUCUUGGCACAGAAGGAGAAGUGAUGAUCUUUGGUGGGAGCAAAGAUGACUUGCAUUUCUUGGACACAGGUCACUGCAGUGAUUUAUUGAUUUUUCAAACUCAACCUUACUCACUUCUCAGAUUGUGCCUUGACUGCAUUGGUAAAAAUGCCAGCCUUUUAAAGAAUCAAAUAUCCUGGUUACCAUCCAAAAUUUUGCCACAAGUGUUGAAAAAAAUAACCUUUUGGGCUGCAUCUAACCAUCGGCAAGAGAAAAAAGCUGAAAUUGAAAAACAAGAGCAAAUAAAUGUCACCUGAACAAGGACAAAAAAGAUAUUGACCGCUAUAUGUAUUUAUAGUAUACAGCAAAGAUUUUUGUUAGCGAUUGUUUACUAGCAGUACACAUAAGGUAUUUGGUAGGCUGAGUUUCUACAAGAAAGUCCUUUUUGUUUCCUGAGGUAUUGCAAAGAGUGAAAACUAAAUAUUCUGUGUUGUAAUAACACCACUUGAGGUUGCAGAAAUUAACUUCUGCUCUUAUGGUCUUGGUAAGCGACUUCAUAAAAAGUACUCUUUUGGAAAGUAACAGAAGACAGAACUUUUUCAGAGGCAUAAAAAUUUCUCUUUCGGAUCUAAAGUCUUAUUUCCAGUUUUGUCACAUCAGCACUUGCUGAUGAAGACAAAAUUAGUUUGACACAGUAUCCGUGUUAAUUUAACUCUUGUUAAUAUGAUUAUAAUUGCAAAUCCUUUUGUUUGAUUUAUUUAACAGCAGCAUAUGAAAGUUUGACUAUUGAUACUGGGAGGUAACCAUCCUACACAAAAGCAAAAAAAUCAACACGUUGGCUAAACUGUGGAACUUUAAAAGUAAAAAAAAAAGAUAUUAAGCUAAAUAAUUUUGUAUGUGAAAAUUCAGAUGCAGUUCAUAACAUUGUUUUACUGUAAUUCUCUAAUCAAUGACAUUUUUUCAAAAUAGAUUUUAUAUAUAUUUUUUAUUUUGAAUGUGUAAAGUUUAUAUUUAAUUUUGGUUCAAAAUAUUUUAUUUAUUGUAAAAAGCUUAUAUAGAAUUACUAUUUUCCUAUCUGUUUUGGGUAUUUAGUUAGUUGGGACCCAGUCAUUAAAAUUUUAUGUAAACAGUAUAUUUGAAUGUAGACCAUUCUGAUUAGUUUUUACCAUUUUUACAAUCUGACUCCAAAAUCCUAUGUAAUUAGGAAAGGAGAUUUUGUAGUGAAUGUGUAUCUUAGAAGAAAAUAUAUUAUGACUGAGUAUCACAGUUGAGCCAUAUUUUCCUAUUUUCUUCAACUACGGAGACAUUUGAUAUUAGCAAAAAAAAAAAAAAAAUGUGAAGUGGGAGUGUAAAUUGUCCAGAUUUGUGGUCUUUAUGUUAAAAGGGAUUCCCACACACAAGGAAAUGGUUCAAAUGAUUAAACUGGCCCCAACGACUGUAAAAUUUUCUUAGGUAUAAGCAUCCACUCCUUCCACUUUUUAACAUAUAGCUGGAUUUGCAGCUCUUAUCCUGCAGAACAAGGGACAAUUUCAAAUACAUCCUACCACAAUGCAUAUAUUAAUUACUUAGAAUUUGUUAUGACCCUCAUCCUGCAAAGACUCAUAUGCAUGCUUGACUUCAAGCACAUGAAUAGUCCCAUUUUGUUCAGUGGGAUUACUCACAUGCUUAAAGUUAUGCACAUAUAUGAGUCUUCGAAGGAUCAGGGCCUAUAAGAGCUCUUUAGACCAUCAUUUGAACUGAUCUGAUCAAAUUUGAAGAGAACACCUCCAGGCUCCACCUCCAUCCUCCAGGUUUUAUGACCUCCAUCCUCCAGCUUUUAUGACUGGAGUUCAGAAGUUUUGAAAGUCCUUUUAAAAUUGGUUCUUUCACAUACGGAAUUAUAUUUUUCUCAGAUAGGAGUUACGGUUAAGGAUAGAUAACAUCAUUUUGGAAUUAAUUAUAAAUCCUUAAAAGGCAACUUUUCCCAUGAGUAUCUGUAUUAAUGAUACUAGGGACAAUUCUCUCUCAGAUCCACAUGAUAGUACGCAAGUCUGGUGUUCUGCUUCCCCAUAUGUGCAGAAUUCACAAUGACAUCACUGAGAGAUCUACAUGCAUAGAGGAAUACUGAAGUGCUAUUUCUACUGUACAGACGUGAGAGGAGAAUUUUGCCCAUUGAUUUACAGAGGAAAUAGGAUCAAAACAUUUUGUGGCAAUAUGUAAUCCUUAAUCCAUUUGCUAUAGUUUUGCCACUGCACAUAUGCUGCUGUGAACAUUUAAAAUCAGUGGAAUGUUAGAUGUACCUGGGACAUUCAACAGCACAGCAAGUGCACUUUAUAGGAAUGUUCCUGGGGAACAUUUAGCACUAUAAAAAUUCAAAAUGAUUAAUUUCAGACUGUAUGUAGCAGUGGAAAAUUUGUGUUAAUUAUCUUAAGACAAGCAAUUUUGUUAUUAUUACACUUGGGUAAAUGUUCUUAUGUAAAGAAGUUAGUAUAAAAAAAGAGGUAAAAUACCAGCAAUUUUUUUUAUGGAGACUGUUCAGAUUCAGUUAUAGACAUUAUCAAAAGUGCCUUUAGCACCAUGUUGUUUUCAUUAAUGUUUCAGAAUAUUUGCAGUUACUUCUUUGUUUACUGUUAUAAACUAGAAUAAAAAUGUGAGUUUUUGACAGACUACAUUGUAAAUCA